UUAGCCGGCCAAAGUCGUUCGGCCGGCAUUUACUAGUAGGAUAUGAGAGGACCAAACUAAACGACUUUAGUACUUUAAAAGACAAAAUUUCAUUCGGAGACAAGCUCCUUAAGUUGAGCACGUCUUCUCCUAAUUAACAUUGUGCCAGUUAUGGGAACCUCCAUCAGUUGCUGUGGCUCAGAUAGGGUCGAAGAACUGCCAACAUCAUUUGGCGUAAUUAACAAUUCAUGGAGAAUAUUUACAUACAAGGAGUUGCAUGCGGCUACCAACGGAUUCAGUGAUGAUAACAAGCUUGGUGAAGGUGGUUUUGGAAGUGUCUAUUGGGGAAGAACCAAUGAUGGUCUUCAGAUAGCAGUGAAGAAACUGAAGGCAAUGAACUCUAAGGCAGAGAUGGAAUUUGCAGUAGAAGUUGAGGUUCUUGGAAGGGUUAGGCACAAAAACUUGCUAGGUCUUAGGGGCUAUUGUGUUGGGGAUGAUCAACGGCUCAUAGUGUAUGAUUACAUGCCAAAUCUCAGCCUGCUUUCUCAUCUCCAUGGCCAGUUUGCUGUUGAUGUGCAACUAAAUUGGCAAAGGAGAAUGAAGAUUGCAAUUGGCUCUGCAGAGGGCCUUCUGUACUUGCACCGUGAGGUGACACCCCACAUCAUCCAUAGGGACAUAAAAGCAAGUAAUGUGCUUCUGAAUUCAGAGUUUGAGCCUCUAGUUGCGGAUUUUGGUUUUGCAAAGCUAAUCCCAGAAGGAGUUAGCCACAUGACUACUCGUGUGAAGGGUACAUUGGGAUACUUGGCCCCUGAAUAUGCCAUGUGGGGAAAGGUCUCCGAAAGUUGUGAUGUGUAUAGCUUUGGAAUUCUUCUGUUGGAGCUGGUAACCGGUAGAAAGCCCAUAGAGAAGCUCCCUGGUGGGCUUAAGAGAACAAUAACUGAGUGGGCCGAGCCCUUAAUAAGCAUAGGAAAGUUCAGGGAUCUUGUUGAUCCAAAACUCAGAGGGAACUUUGAUGAAAAUCAAGUGAAACAAGCAAUCAAUGUGGCUGCUCUUUGUGUGCAAAGUGAGCCUGAGAAGCGACCAAAUAUGAAGCAAGUGGUUAACCUUCUCAAAGGGUAUGAAUCUGAUGAGAAAGUCACGACCAUGAGGAUAGAUAGUAUCAAAUAUAAUGAAGAACUAUUGGCACUUGAUCAACCUAGUGAUGAUGAUGAUGAUGAUGCAAGUGCUAGCUAUGGUGUCUUUAGUGCCAUUGAAGUCCAGAAGAUGAAGGAUCCAUACAAGCGCAGUGAUAACAAGAAAAUAGGCUAAAGCUUAAAGAUAUUAAUAUACAUGUAAUGAACUUAUUUGUUUUGUGAAGCCUUUUUAUCUAUUGCUAAUUUAGUCAACUUCCAAACUACAAUAUUCCCGUAAUGACUAUUCAUUUCAUCUUAUUCUUUUAAGGCUAACUCUUAUUUAGUUCUUUUACAUAAUCUUCCAUCAAAUUGGUUUCCAACAGUUUGGUAGAGAUAAGUAU